AUGGAUGCACCUGUGCAGUUGGAGCCAAUGUCGCGCCAUCUGCCGGUCCUGCCGCUGCAACGAAGAAAGGGGAAAGGUGGGAAGGACGGUGAGAAAGGCAAAGCUGGAAAGGAUGGCAAGGAUGGAAAAGGCGGAAAAGGAAAGAAGGGAGCUGAAGAACAAGAGGACGAGGGUUUGGCAGCUGCCCUGGGGGUGGAUCAGUUUGAGGAACCCGAUGAUAAGUGCCCUUGGUGCCAGGGCGACUACUCCGAGGAUUCCAACUUCUGUGGUUCCUGCGGUCGGCCCCGUAAGGCCCUGACUUGCUACAACUGUGAGAGCCACUACUUGAAAGGCAGCAAAUUCUGCCGUAGCUGUGGCUUGCCCCGCCCGGCCAUGGCUCCAAGUGCUCCAAGUGCUCCAGCUGCUCCAGGCAACCAAGGCCCUUCCGGUCCGACCACCGCGUGGGACGCCUCCGGUCCGGCUGCGGGAGCGACGAGUGCGGCGGCCUCGCACGAGCCACACGAUUGGAUCUAUGAAGAUGGACUGGUGAAGGAGAUGGCAGCCCCAGACAUCAACGACUUGAUUCUGAACGGUGACGAUGCCUGGCCAAUGAGGGAUAUGUGCAGGACCGUGGAAAAUGCCUUGGAUGUGCCCUACUAUCCCAUGAUGCAAGACCUCAACGUGAAACUCAACCAGAUGAGGGGUCGCGUGGAUUUCGCCUCCGCCGAGAAACAGCGCUGGCGCGGCGAGCGCCGGGAACUGCGGGAGAAAUGUUUGGAUUUGCAAACGCAAGUGGAGGAAGAGAAGGACAAAGCCUUGCAACGUGCCACGCGGGUCGCGAAUCACUCCCUGGCAGUGACGCUAUCUGGAGGAGGACCGAGGUCGCGAGCCACGAUGCGCAUGGCAGCAGGUGCUUUGGAGUUGAUGGACGCCAACGAACAGGACGCUGGGCCCAUUGACACCGCCGCCAACAUGAUUCUCAAGUCACGUGUUGGCGGCUUUUUGAUGUCCUUGGCACGGUCCAUCAUUCCAUUGCAGUCCGACGUUCAGAAUAUCUCCUCGCAGUUUGGGAGCAGCUGUGGCACAUUUUUCAAGUUCUACUCCUAUUUGCUGUUGUUAGCUCUUUUUGCUGCCGCAGCCUUUGCUCCGUUGAUCCUCUCGCAGUCCGAGAAGUGGCAGAGCUAUGAUGCCAGGAUCUGUGGCUAUUUGCCCUGUGCGUUGUUUCUGGGCAGCUUCUAUCAGUCCACUGCUGAUCCGGAGGAACAGUGGCUAACUGCAUUGGACCUUCGGGUGCAUUCCAAUGGUUCACUGAUUGCGCAGACUGACAUUGGGCAAAGUGCCUUCAAUAGCCAGUUUGCAACUUGCCCUAUGCUGCGUUUUGUCCGAGACUGCCGUGUGUUUGCAGUCUUUGCUGGAUUCAUAGACAAUACUUCUGGUUCGAGUGCCUACGAGAUCUUCACCAGCUCCUGGAAAGACAUCUCGGGCACCCAGAACGAGGACUGGGUCAUUUACAGCCGAUUCGCUGACUUGGUGCAGGCAGAGGAACCUUGGCCCAGCUGUAGCACCAGCAAUGGUCAGGGAUUUCCCGGUAACUGUUUGCCCAAGAAUGUGCAGCUGAGCGGCAGGUGGUUUGGCCUCGGCGGUUCCUUCAACGGCUCCAUGCCAUCCUUUGGCUUUCAACUGGAGCUCUUCAAUGCAUCCAGGUGUUUCGCAAGCAGCCGCUCAGACAUCCGCAACAUGGCCGGGGGUAUCCCUGUGACCUUCGACCAGAGCAGCAAAGACUUAAACGUGGCCUUUUGGUACGUCUUCGGCAACAUGGUGCGACGGCAACGUACCGAGUCGUGUGUCCAUCGUUUUCGCGGUCUUCUUCGUGCUGGUUUGGUGGCAAAUCUCGGAGGCGAUGACAUGGUGCCCCGGGGAGAUGUCAAAACGGACGGCCCCGGGGAGAUCUUUGAGGAAAUGAUCCAAUGCUGUCGACCGAGCCUGCACCUCUCCGCUGUGUCUAACAGUGGUAGCGGCAGCUGGUUGCUUCCAGGGAUGCCAGAGACUGAAGGGUUUGGUACUCCAACAGCUAGAGCUGAGGAAAGGCAGACGUUUACUGGGGCAACAGGCCCUGUUGCAGCUGAAGGAGCCAGAGAAAGGGAUGGACCCAGAGACAGGGAUCCUCCGCCGGCAUACGACGGCGCAGAUCCUGAAGGCACGUUCAAGACGUUCGAGAAGAACGUUCGGCUGUGGGAGUUCGAGACUGAUGUUCCCAAGAGAAAGCAGGGGGCAAAACUUUUGAGGUCGUUGAGCGGCAUGGCACAGUUGGCGGUAGAAGACAUGGAGUUUGAAGACAUAGCCAAUGAAGAUGGAGUACGAAACAUACUUCAAAAGCUUAGAGAGUUCUUCCUGCCGCACUUGGAAGUCAGUCUUCCACGGGCCUUUGAAGCUGCAGUUUAUGGCAAGCCCCGCCAAGCCAGUGAAGGCUAUGCGGAGUACAUUGCCCGUAUGGAGCGGGCGUUCAGUCGUCUGGCCAAGGAAGGGGUUAGCCUUCCUGAUGGAGCCUCAGGGUACAUCAUGUACCGUCAGGCAUCGCUGACGGAGUCACAGGAUCAGCGAUUGCUCACAUGGUGUGAUGGGAAAUAUGGCAAGAAUGACAUAGUCAAGGCGCUCCGCAAGUUGGACAAAGUGGUCAGGGAAAAGGGCAGCAAGUCCAACUACUUCAACGAAGAUGCAGAGGUGGCUGAGAAUGACAGCUACUGGUGUGAUGAUGAUGAUGAUGAGAACUAUGUCUAUGUGGCUGAUGGAGACUUGGAUGCUGUUUUCACCGAAGAAGAGAUGAAUGCAGCCCUUGCCAGUUACCGAGAGGUCCGUGAGGCGUUGAGGGAUCAGCGCAAUGGACGCGGCUUCUACCAGAAGGGCAAAGGCCAUGGAGGGAAGUCCAGCUUCAAGGGCAAGGGCAAGCAAAGGGUUCAUGUUGAACAGCUGAAGUUGCGUACCAGGUGUUGGAGAUGCGGCGCUGUAGGCCACAUCAGCAGAGAAUGCACCAACCCACCCAUGGAAAAGAACAAGGGCACCUUCAGCUCCAGUGCUUCCUCAACAACCAAUAGCUCAGCAAAGUCUGGCUUCUUUGUGAUUGCGGAACAGAAUGCGAGGGGCAUUCAAGACUCUCAGUCACCAGAAAGCCGAGAGUGUUUUUGGUUGCGUCAGUUUGUAGAGAACCGGCGCAGGAAAAAUUUCUGUGCUGAGGAUGGAGCUGUGAAGUCCGAUGCGGACUACAAGGGUGCGAGUGCUGAGGGUUUUUGCGGCAUCACAACCAAGUCGGAGCAUGGAGUAGUCGACACUGCUGCUGAAGGAGGUUUGAUAGGUUCUAGAGCUCUUGAAAGGCUGAAUGUGAAGUUAGAGCAGUUUGGUUUGUCAUGCAAGAAGCUUCAGAAGAGAUCUUCGGCAAAGGGAGUAGGAGGUCAGGCGAAAGUUUUAGGAGUGGUCCUCAUUCCCAUCGGCAUUGGAGGUUUGAAUGGAGUGUUGGAAGCCACUGUGGUAGAAGGUGAAGUACCUCUCCUACUUCCAGUUAGAAUGUUGCGAAGCCUUAAAGUCCUCAUUGACUUCUCCAAUCUCUCCUUCACCAUUCCUGACAUGUCCAUCGUUAUCCCCAUGCAUGAGUUGGCCUCUGGACAUGUCACAAUUGAGAUCAUGGAAUUUGCGGCUGGAGGUUUUGAGGUAUCAGAUGCCAAUGCACCGUGUUGCACUGCGGAUUUUCAGAAAGAUUCGAAUGUCACAGCAAUGUUGGCUCAUAGCAACGUGCAGCCUGGAGCAAUGGCGGCCCUGGUCGAGCGUUUGAUCGGGAAGGCCAAAGGGUCUAUGGAAGAGCGGGCGCCCACACUUCCCGAAAUGGAGCGUGGCCAUCGUCCCAAGAGAGCAAUUCGAAACUGGCGAGUUCUGAUGGACAAGCUGGUGAUCAUCAUCCGGUAUGCGGCACAACAACUUUUGGUGCAAGAAUGGUUCCCCGGAUGCUCCUCACCUUUGGGGCAGCCCUUGCCGCUGUCAAAGGCGGAACCGGCUACACCGGGGGAGAUCUAUGCCCAGUUGAUCGUUCAUGCAGAGAUGUUGACGCCUCUGAAGUCGCAGACUCCGGCUUCAGUCGCGGCCAGUGCAUGCGUGCACCCUCCCCAUGCUUUGAAGGGUGGAGGGAACACGAGCCAGUCCUACAUAUACUGCAAGAUGUGUCUGUGCCGUUGGAAGAACCCUUCCACUGCAACCGAGGUGAAGAAGAACUUGAAAGCAGAGAAGAGCAAGGGCCCCUUGAGUCAAAAGAAGAUGGCCGAGAACUACAUGAUGGAGGACGGGGAUCUUGUGGAGCCCCCCUAUGGCACGAUUCAGACCUCCGAGGAGGCCGAACGGAAGAUGGAGAGAAUGCAGCAAGAGCUGGAGAAGAAAAUGCAAGUGGACCGGAUGGAAAUGGCCCAGCAUCAAGAACAGAUGUGGAAAGAGCUUCAGGCUCAGAAGAUCGAGAUGCAAGAGAAGGAGAAGAGACAUCAGGCUGCCUUGGCCGCACUACAUCGGGAGAAGAACGACUUGGAGAGAGAAUAUGCGAUUCUUCAGAAUCGCCAGAGCUCAAGCAAGAAGUGCCUGUGCGGGAAGGAGGCGGAGAAGCUGCAAGUGAAGAGAGAAGGCCCUCGGAAGGGCAGGUUCUUUUGGAAGUGCACUCAGAGGGAGUGCCAGUACUUCGAAUGGGAACCCAGGGCACCGAGUCCGCCUCCCAGCGACUUCAGCUUUUCGCUGGUGAAUUCCACUGUCCGGACGGGCAGCCAAGCCAGCGUUCCGGGCAGAUGUGUCGAGCUCAUGAACCAGGAGAUCAUGCUGAACGCUGACAAGGCACGCAGCCGCAGAGUCAUCCGAAAGAUGCAAAUGGGUGAAGAUCCGCAUUUUGCGGUAGAAGGAUCUUAUGAGGUCGAGAUUGAAGAGGGCAAGUGGGCCAAAGUUGGUGGUUUGGUUCCGCUUUCUGAGACUCGGCCGAUCCGAGUGUUUGCUAUGGUGAGCAAGCGAGACGUGGUGGAAGAGCACUUUGGCGUCUCAAAGGAAAAACAAAUCUCUCGCAAAGAACGUAGGCAUCUCAACAAGAAGCUUUCUGAGAUGGUGCCUGUGGUGAGCGAGGUGUUCUCUCCUCCGAGGGUGGCCAAAGAAGCAGCUAGAGCAGGGCUGAACGCCGGCGGAUCCUAUGACCUGCUGACUGGUUGGGACCUGAGAAACCCUGCUCAUCGAAAGAAAAUGUGGAAAGCCUUGAAGGAAGAGGAUCCUCUUUUGCUGGUUAUUUGUCCUCCAUGUGUUGCUUUUUCCGUUUUGCAAGAGCUGAAUUUCCCGAGAAUGUCAUGGCAGUCGGCCAUUCAGUUGGUUUGCAUGGGCCUGGAACAUCUGGAAUUGGCUAGUCUCUUAGCAAAGUGGCAAGUUAAAAGAGGCAGAUAUGUCCUUUUUGAGCAUCCAUGGGCAGCACGUUCAUGGAAAGAAAAAGCAGUGGAGGAAAUGGCUGAGCUUCCAGGAAUGAUCAAAGUGAGAUGCGACCAAUGCAUGUUUGGACUGCAGGUGGAUGAGUGCGGCCUCAACAAGAAGCCGACUGGACUCUUGGUUAAUUCUUCAUGCAUUGCCAGGAGAAUGGGUAGGCUUUGUGAUCACCGUCAUUUUCAUGCGCCGACCAUGAACGGGCGUCCAAAGAAAGCGCAGCAGUAUCCACCUGAGUUUUGCAGAGAAAUUAUUUUGGGUUUGAAAGAUCAGAUCCGAGAAGAUCGUGGAGAGCACUGGUUUUCUAGGGAAGUCUUUGCGUUUGAAGAUGGUGAAGAAAUAGUAGAAGAGGAGGCUGAAGAGGGUCUUCCUGAAGAGGAUGUAGACCGAGGGGAGGCUGAAGGUUCAUAUGCAGUCACAGAGGAGGAGAAGCGUCAAGUCAUGAAGAUGCACAUUGGACUAGGUCAUCCCCAGAAGAAUGAGUUUGUCCGGUUCAUGCGGGCUGCGAGAAUCAAAGGGGAGAUCAUCAGAUGGGCUCACAAAGAAUUUUCUUGUCCUGCUUGUUCUGCCAGGCCAAAGCCGAAGGCGACACGUCCUGCGGCGAUCCCGCGCACCUAUCAGCCAAAUCGAGUUCUUGGAGUGGACUUGAUAUAUCUUCCAGAGGUAGGUGGCAAGCAACUUUUUCCAGCAUUGUCAGUAGUAGACUGGGGAUCGAACUAUCAAGCAGUUGAGCGAGUGGAGAGCAAACAACCAGAAGUCAUGUGGAGAACUAUGUGGGAUGUUUGGUUUCGCGUUUUUGGAUUGCCAGAGGUGAUCAUUUGUGAUGCCGGAAAAGAGUUUUCCAGCAAGUUUAUGCAGCUGGCAGCUGCCCAGGGAGUGGUCACUCAAAGCAUCGCAGCAAAGGCACCGUGGCAACAGGGUAGAACAGAGAGGCAUGGUGCACACUUCAAGGAGCUGUUGGCAAAAGGUCAGUGGCCUCGCAUUCCCAGCCUACUCCUGUCAGAUGACAUCCUCGACCCCGGGCUCAUGGACGGGGCAGUAGUGGAUGAUUUGGAAAGAUCACUGGAGAUGAGGAGGAUUGCCCAGAAGGCUUUUGUUGAACACAAUGCGAAAACUGCUCUUCAGAAGAUUGAGAAAGGCCGAGCUCGCACAGUACAAGAAUUCAAGUCUGGAGAGUACGUAUAUGUGUACCGAGUGCCGAGAAGGAAGAAGCGCCGUUUUGAAGUUGGACCAGAAAGCCAGGAGAACACUCCAAACAAGGCAUCAUGGAUUGGCCCUGGCACCGUUAUUGCCACAGAUGGUGCAAGUUUGUGGGUGUCGAUGUUUGGGGAGCUCUGGCGCGUAGCCAGGGAACAGUGCCGUCUGGCGACCAAUGUGGAGAAACAAGGCAUUGAAGAAGUGAUGAGAAGCUGUCAGGAGCUGGUGGAGGAAUUUAAAAGGUCCGGCAACAGAAAAGGGUACAAAGACAUCAGAGAGGAAGAGUGGCCUGGUGAGGAAGAAGAAAACGGUGAGGAGGCUGCAGACCCCCAAAAGGAGGCUGAAGAACCCCAGGCAAUGCGCCGAGUCAGUUUUGCCCCAGAGGAGGAUGAUGGAUAUUCUCCCUCAUUUGGACCAGAGGUCUCGCCUCUUGACGAGAUCGAAGUGGGCAGCGUUCCGUCGAGCUCGCAUGUCGAUCCUUCGGUGCCAGAACCUGAGGCAGAGAUGUCUCGAAGAAGGUCGGGAUCUAGAGCCGAGAUGGAUGAGGUAACCAAUGGUGCAGAAGUAGUUGUGGAAGGACCCAGAGUGCCUUUGCAGAUGAGUGAGGUGAAGAGCCGCACCUCCACAGACAAGAACGUGCUGUUCCUGAAACGCUUCACCGGUUUUGUGGUGAACGUCGGAAUCAUCGUUGGUCUCUGGAAUUUGAUUUGGAUCUGCGCACGUGAUCGGCAACUUCUGGUCGCGUCCUUGGGAAGUAGUUUGGAGAGCUGCUGUGGGGCGAGAGGCGUGGGCGAGUGGCUGGGCUUUACCUUGGCGCCCUUGGUGGUGACGGGCGCCGGGCUGGUGCUGCCCCCCACGGUGGAGUUCUUGACACGUUUGGAGGCCUGGCCCCGGUCCUGGCGCGCUCUGCUGAACAUCUACCGCUUCUUCCUGGGACAGAUCUUGACUGCGAUGCUCUAUAUGGCCAUCAGCCUUGAAUUGCUAUAUGAUUUGCCCCUGUGGAGCGGUCGGGACUUGCUCCUGCAACCACUCGUGGAGCCUUGUGGAACCUAUCCUUGCAAGGCGGACCACGCUGGAUCGGAGGUGAUUGCACUGGUGGUCACGGAGUUCGUCAUGAUGAGGAUCAAGCCUUUCCUGAAGUUGGCUGUGGUUUAUCUUCGACAUCGUGUGAAGCACCUUCUGGGGGUCAAAGGCGACUUCCUGUGGCCGGAGUUUCAGAUCCAGGAUGAUGCCGUGAACGUGGUCUACUUCUCGGCCUUGCUUUGGAUGUCACUUUCCACGGUGCCGUACAUGGCUCUCAUUGGGCCCUUGUUGAUGUACAUCCAUUUCAAAUGGUUGAAGCUCAGCUUGAAGUACCUCACCAGGCGGCCCUUCGUCACAGAGACCACGUCCUUGUUGGUGACCCUGCAACGGAUCAGCUGUUUAAACUUCGUGGUGCUUGGUUUCCUGGUCAUGGCACAGAUCAUGCUCAUCGUCCCGUACGAGCCGAAUUGUGGCCCGGUGAAUGGAUUCCAAGCAGCAGGACAAAUGGUGUGGCAACUUGAUAUUCCGCUCAAAGCAGUUUGGUCCGAUUUCUUCGCUUGGACUUUGCAGAAUCGUGGCUCCAUAGUGGCUGUGAUGCUAAUGGCGAUGUUGGUGCUGUGGAUGCUGCAUCAGGUCUCACUGCGCACCAACCGGAGCGUGGUGGAGCAAAUGAGUGGCGUGGCCAACCGGCAGGUGGCAUCCUUGAGCAGGGAGCUCUGGCGCAUGGAACGCCGGAACGACCUGCUGAAACGACGCUUGGAGUGGCUGGAGGGCAAGGCCACGGAUGAAUGAGCUAAUGGAACCGGCGGCCAGAGAGCUGUGAAACUAGAGGUCCGAGAACGCG